GUCUACUUCUCUUUCAUGCAUGCGUGCACUCUCAUACUUUCUCACACAUUCUCUUUCACACACAUACACACCCCACACACCACAUACACACUGAACAUCACUCAAAGUACACAUUUAAAUACCCACCCAUGUAGAAAAGUUUAAAUUCAACCCUCAAUCUCAGUGAUACCAACAUGGGAUGCUCAUGGCUGUUGAUCUUGGGCUUUAUCCUAAAUAUGUUUCACUGCUUGGACAUGAUUGAUAUCAAGGGGGACCUUGAAAUUGAACAUGAAGUCACUGGGAUUCUUGGAGAGGAUGUGUUUCUCCACUGUCAUUAUCUGGGACAGAAGGACAUCACAGACGCCUCAUGGAAAGGUCCUGAAUCUGGAAUAAAGAGAUCAAGGAAGAAAUUAAGUGGCUACAAGAACAAUAAUCCCUUCAGCAAUGACCCAGACUUCUCUAUCCCGGCCUCUCCCACCAACCUGACGGUGAGGCUAAGAGUGUCCAGUCUGGAGGUCCAAGGGGAGUACACCUGUAUGUUCGAAACUGAUACAGAUGAGUGGACCGACAGCAUGUUUCUCACUGUCCUGGCUCAGCCUGAUAUCCACACAGUCGUGACACAGGACACAGACGACGUCACCCACUACCAGUCAGUCACAUGCACAGCGGCCAAUGGUAAACCCACGGCAAUGAUGGGCUGGGAGAUCAAUGGCAACCCUCCCCUUGAAGACUUCUUCACCGUGGUGUUUAGUAACACCAGUUACAUCAAUGGCACUGGCACCGUGACCAGCACCCUGCGCUUCCCCACCCACCUACAGGACCAGGACCGGGUGACCUGUGUGGUCCAGCACCCCACCCUGCCUGACAACACCACCUGGGUCCCAGUGCGGGUGGAGACCUUCAUGGCCCCCAACAUAAGCAUUGAGACUGACCUGGUUCUAGAGGAUGGGAAGGAAUUUUGGGUGAUCAACUGUUUUGCAACCGGAGGGAGACCAGACGCUAACAUAACCCUAGCUCUGCCUAAUCAGGAGUUCAGUCUCAUGCUACAUCAAGAAGAGGUUAUCAUGGAUCCUCCAGGCACACGAGUCAGGUCAUACCGCCUCCCAGCUGAGAUUCACCAAGGGGAAAACAUCACCUGCCUGUUUGACCACCCCAAGUUCCCACACAGAGAACCAAGGACUGUCACUUUGCCCACCUUCUAUCUGUCUGCUGUUCGGCUGCUGAACUCUGGGUUGGCAGACAGCCGCGACAUGAGCCCAACUGUAGAAUCCGUGGUGCUGAAAGAAGGACAGAUCAAUGCCAGCAUAAGACUAGAGGUCGUUGGGAAUGUACCACGUUACAGUAUUGUAUGCAUUAAACAAGAACAGUCUCACCCUGAAGACGUACUGGUGACUGGCAGUGAUCUCAUCCUGCCGGGACCUGUGGAGCUUCACCACGCAGGGCUGUAUGAGUGUCAGGCCUACUACUACAGCCACAGGGCCACUGCACUGCUGGACAUCAUCGUCACACCGCACAUGGAGCAGACUGUGGCUGUACCUCCCAGAAUGAAGAUUGAUGUCCAGGACAGACUGGGUGACAGGUUCAUUGAGUGCCUGGCUGCAGACUCUGUCCCUGUUGCCAAUGUUUCCUGGGUUCUACCUGAGGGUGUGUCUGGGCCCUCCUGGUCCAAUCUGACAUCCAAUAAUGGAACCUAUUCGGUCAGCAGUGUUGUAAUCCUGCCUGCCUGCUCAGCCCACAAUCUCCACAUGGAGUGUGUGAUCGAUCAUUCUGUGUUUGUGAUUGCAGAGAGAAUACGGAUUUCACUCCCAAAAUGUGCUCCACCUAAUAUUACCCUCCAGUCCAGCAUUGAGUGGGCGGAGGACACAGCAUACACGCUGGUGAGGUGCACAGUGGACAGUGUGAGGCCUGCUGCCUCCAUCUCCUGGAGUCUUGGAGACAGAGACAAUAGUGCCAGUCAGCUCAUGGAGUUACAGGAGCAGAUUCAAGGGCAGCCCAGGAUCCUCGCUGACGGCUCUGUGACGGCCCACAGCGUUGUGAGAUUCCCCACUGCCAUGUUGGCAGGCCGGAAUGUGUCCUGCGUGGUGGAUCACCUGGGUCUGGAGAGGCCAGAGAGAAAAGGGAUACUGCUGCCCAGGCUGGAAACCCCUAUGAUUCAUGCCUUUGUUGUGAGUCAGAAGGACUCACCAAUGUGGCUUGCUGUGUGUGAGUACAGAGGGUUUAGGCUUGGAGCACACCUCUCCUGGGACCUACCGGAGAACGCUACAGCCCAAAUCUCUCUGCACUCCAGGUAUGAAGGAAUGAGAGUGCUGACCAACCUCACCUAUGAGUUCCCUCUGGCACUCCAUGAGGGGCAAAACCUGACAUGCUUGAUUCAGAAUCACCAUGGACUAAAUAUGAGCAAGACUGUCCACGUCCCCAAAUACUACAUCCUAUCUGUCAGAGUGCGGAACCAAACCACUCCCCUGUGCAGAACUAAAGGGUGUGAACCUCUUAUUCACCGAGUGGCCCUGAAGGAGAACCUCCACAACCAGAGGAUCCUACUCCAGGUUCAUGGCAGAGUGCCAACAUACAACCUUACCUGUAACAGGAGCGACGGCUUAUUAAUCCAAAUGGAGGGCCCGGCUCUGGUGUUCCAGUCAAAGGAGUGGGAGGCUGGCCUGUACAUCUGCCUUGCAUCUUUCUACCAUCAUCAGGCCUCUGUCCAUAUUCAAGUGGAGGUGACCAGCGAAGAGGAGCAGCUCAUGAUACUCUUCAUCGUCUGCUUCUCCUCGGCUGCAGCCAUCAUGAUCCUCCUCGUCGUCAGUCUGUGCGUUUUCUGCAAAAGAAAUGGAGAAGACCGAUCCAAAUCUAAGAAGCGGGAAUCGCUAGCAACCCUGACCCCUCUGACACAGGAACCUUGCUCUCCAGAGCUGAGGAAGGGGAAUGGAGCAGUUAUAGGAGGGGAUGGCGAGGCUUACACCCAUCUGCUCAGUUAUUCUAUAGUCAUUGAUGUCAGAUCCACUGUGUAAACAAUAUGAGACCACUUGCAAACGUGCUUCAGGAUCCUGUAAACGCCUAUGUGGUGCAUUAUUUCGGAUCCCAAACCAGGCAGCUUCCAGACAGCUCCUGAUCCACUGUGUAACUAAUGUUUUGUUAUUGCAAAUUUGAGCCAGUAAGCAGUUAAAUUAUGUAUAACUGUAAUUAUAUUCUACCUACCAAGGACCAAGUGGCUUAAUGUAAUAAAACCCAGUACAGCAUAAGCUUGUAUCUAGUUUAAAUGUAAGUAUCUUUAACAAUCAGAUCUCCAAUCUCAAUAAUUUUACAAUGGAUGUAAUUGUUUUACAAUGUAUUUACAAAGGUGCAAGAAACAUUGUAGGUUUCAGUGCAGUCAAAAUGGAUUUAAUGAAGAUUGUUUUACAAACCAUUAAAAUGUUCCCAUUUCUAACUGAAAGCAAUAACUAAUAGUAAAACAAAAUGCAAGUGCGUGCCAUGUUAGGGGUUACAAUUGCUUUGAUGUGUGUGUCCAUGUCCAAAGACACUUGACAUGACAUUCAGGACACAGAAUCAACUCUCCAGCUGUUUACAAUAUAAAAAAAGCCAAGCAGGUCAAGCUACAAUAGGACAUUGUUUUCUGUGCUUUCUUGUUUUUAUUGAUGUUUUCAAGAGUUAAAUUGUCUUUGUGUGUAUAGCUUAUGUCUAUUUUGCUGUUUUCAUUUUUGUGCUAAACUUGUCAUUUUUUGUGAUUGUGUAAUGUUAUAAAACCCUGAGCAUUAUCAUUAAAGUUAGUCUAAAGUGU